CAUCCCCCAUCCCCCACUCGUCGGCCGCGUCUGUAGCAGCGCCACUGGGCCCACACAAACGCAGCUCGAGCUCAGCCAGCCCGCACCGACCCGAGGCAAAAGUCCACGCGAGAGAAAGACGACUACACUGGUUCCCAUCACGCGCGGGAGUGAGAAAGAAAAAAAAAAACUCUUUUUCUUCGACCAAGUGACGUUGAUUUGCAUAUCCACUUCCACUCCUUCCUCAUUUGCAUACAGCAAGAAAUGGCGAGCGGGCAUCCCACAGACAAAUUCAGUUUCAUGUAUCAACCAGACACGCACAAGAGCAAAAACAGGUUGUCUUCAGCCAUGAAUCCAGUCUACAGCCCUGUUCAACCUGGAACCCCCUAUGGGAACCCCAAGAACAUGGCCUUUGCAACAGGCUAUCCAGGAGGGUAUCCCACCGCGGCACCCACAUAUACACCAAACCUAUAUCAAACAGGAAGCCCCGGGUAUCCACCUGGAUACACUGCAGCGGGCACUCCAUACAAAGUGCCACCUACCCAGUCAAAUGGCGCUCCUCCUCCCUAUACCCCAACCCCGACACCAUACCCGACAGCUAUGUACCCCAUCCGCAGUGCCUAUCCACAGCAGAACCUGUACACACAGGGUGCAUAUUAUACCCAACCGGUGUAUGCAGCUCAGCCACAUGUGAUACAUCACACCACCGUGGUGCAACCAAACAGCAUCCCCUCCACAGCCCUCUACCCGGCCCCCGUCCCUGUACCCACUCCUCGUAACAACGGCAUGGCUGCCAUGGGGAUGGUAGCCGGGACGACCAUGGCUAUGAGUGCAGGGACACUGCUGACAACGCCCCAGCAUGGCCCUAUUGGAGGACACCCCGUUACUGUGCCCACUUACAGGCCCCAGGGCACACCUGGCUACAGCUACGUUCCACCUCACUGGUAGAGCCCACCAGUUUAUAUCUGGAGUCCGCCAUCAUAUGCAACUGCUCAAAUCUGACCCAGACUCCCGGUAACCAUGGGAACUCGCCACCGUGUCUGCAGAACAAAUCUAAAGUGCAACAGCCACUUUAAUAUCAUUCUCUAACAUUUUUACAAAAGCUGCUUUUAUUUUAUUUCGUUUCAUUUUUUAAAAUCUGCUCAUUUGCCAACCAGUCAUUGCUGUGUUUUGACCUUUUUUUUUAAUUUUUUUUUUAUAAUUAUUUUCAGGGUUUCUUUCCCCCUUACUUCCUUUGUCAUUGCAACUCCAGAAGGACGCAGACCAAUCACAAGUGUUGUUCCUGUGUGUUUAUGUGUGUGUUUGGGUGGUGGGGGUGUAUGUGGGUGUAUGUGGUCCUGCCGGCUGCUGCUCAGUUGGCUGGAAAUUUUAGCGCACUUAUUCCUCAAUAUCAUUUCCUUCACUCUUUGCAAAUACUCGACCUAUUGACUUAUGCUGCCAAAUUUCCUCAAAACUAGAUAUCAGCACAGGGUUUAAAUACCCAAUUUUUCAUUUGGUUUCAUCCAGGUUUUUAAAUUGUUUGAUAUUCUUUUGCCUUUUCCAUUCAAUUUCACCUUGUUUUGAGUUCCUUUUAUGUUUCCACCAGCACUUCCUUUUCACCAUUUUCCUCAUCAGCGUUGGUUCACUUUCAGUCCAACUUCACUUGUCUUCCAACACCUCACUAUCUGUCUGUCUGUCUGUCUUGUCUGUCAGUCUGUCUCCAUGUGAAUUGUAUACCGCUUUCAGCAGCAUACAAACAUCAUUUGUUUGUGUGCGCUUAAAAACCGUCACCUACUUCAUGCCACAUACUAUGCAGGCUAGUAUGUUGUGACAUGAAUAGCGCUAAAGAGCAUUUCUUGGUCACAUUUUGUGAUUGAUGUUGAACUUUUCUGUCGGCCAAUACGCUCAGCGAAGGUUAAAAUAUGAAGUGAGAACAGUGCGGGUGGUCGUGCAUACAGUCACUUACGCAGGCUCCUGUGUUUGGGGGGAAAAACAUAAAUGCCUUUUGGCACUUAAGUGUACAGUACUCCGAGUUAUGCUACUGAUCAACACAAGAAAAUCCAAGGCGGGCGAAGGGAGUUUAAAAGGAUUGUGUUGGCUGGUGGCCAUUCACAGUGCAAGACAUUUUGGGUUUGUGAAAUCUUACCUGCAAAGGACUGCAUAAUCGUCUACACGAGGACCAAUAACCAAACAUUCAGCAAGCGCAGAACCGUACGCAUUUUAAACAACAGCUGAAAGUGACUACAGAGUGCGAGUGCAAAACAGAUUUCAAAAGAACUUCUUGUAAUCUUAAUUCAUUUUAAAGUUAAAGUAACAGACAUGCCUCUGUUUUUUAAGUACUUGAUAAGAUAAAAGAUACUUAAAUUCACUGGAGCCAAUACUAAACCCUGCAAGAUCAUCUAACUAGCAAAAAUAUCUAAACCCAAAGUGGUUCAUUGUGUGAAAGCGCAAAUGUGGCCGAGGUAGGAUUAUUGUACUCAAAGAAUGCUGUAAUCUGACUUUUAAAGAGUAAUAAAUCGUUGCUGUUUUGUGACGAGCGCAUACAUAAUCCGCACAAAAAAUAAUCCCACUUGAUUGAAACAAAAAAGGAUUUAAUAAAAUAAACAGUGCAUGCUUCUAUUUGACUGUGACAAUUAGAUUUUUGUCAAUCCAUUUUUUUGGUUAUUGGUUCUCAAUUUGAGGAAAGGCUGGUGGAAUGUGUAAAAUUUAGGUGCGUGGCAUUUUCAGGAUUCACAAAAAAAAACGAAAUAGCUCAAAACGUUAAGAGCAUUUACCACAAAGGUUAGUAGAUGAGGUGGCCUGAUAUUGCAAUAAAAAAGAGGGAAUGCCUCAUUAAAUGAUUCUUUUAUCAGCUUUUUGAAUUUUUUAAGAAAAAACAACGCUUGUAGUCUUUUAAAAAGAAGUUUGCAGGCUCUAUAUGCAGCCUUAAUAUUGACCAUUAACAAAAAGAGAAACAUAUCAACAAUUUGGCUUUUGAAUAACUUUGUGAAGAACAGUUGCACAACAUUAGAUAAACCAAAUAAAAUAAUUACUAGUCAUAUAUUUAAUGCUAAGUAACAGGUACCUUUAGGCUUUGUAUUGCAAGAGUGUGAGAGAGGCUCUCUUGUAAUUAAAAUAAGACACAGUUGAGUGUUUGAGUUAUUCUUAGUCCCACCAAUGUUUCUACACUAGAGCAUUAACUCAAGAAAUAUUGCAUAAAGUUGCUAUCAGACAAAAAAAAAAAAAUCCGUUUGUUUUUUAAUUGGCCCUUCUUGCAACACAAGUAAUUUUAUAUUUUUGAAGGAUUUAUUUAAUGUGACAGUAUUUCUUCACUUGUUCACUCUGGUCAAUUCCGCGCAAUAGGUAUGCAUAAUAUUCAGGUGUUUAACUAUAGCAUUGGAUGUUUUUAAAAAAAAAAAAAAAAAAAAAUGCAGUAUAUUUAUACAGCAAGUGGUACAGUAAUGCAUUUCUAGCUAAGCAUGGUUGCAAGCGUGUGGCAGCUAUUGUUUGUGCUUUUGAUAUUUUAUUUGAGCUCCAUCUCCUUUUCAGUCUAUUUGCCCUCGACAGUAUCCGACUGAGGGGAGGGAGACGUCACUGUGUGUCAAGGCGAGGGUUCACGCAACCGCUACAUGACGUAUUGAUCAAAACCUCCCAAGUCGCUUAUUUUUAUUUUCAUGCGUGUCGAGGGUGAUUGACACAUAGUCGGUUUGACGGGCCAGUGGCUCUGUCCUGAAGCCUCCGCGUCCUUUGUGCCAUAUGUCACUGUUGUUCGGUAACUUUAUGUUUUUUCCUAAGUAACUGGUGAAUUCUUGUUAAGUCUUGCUUCUUGUGAAUCUUGUUUUUUUAUGACUGUCCUCUUUUCUCACAUUGUUGUUGAUGCAUAUUGCCUGUCCAAAUUUUAACUUGUCUUGCUGGUUUCUUGCCGUCUGUCCUACUUUUUUUUUUUUUUUUUUUUUUUUUAAGCCAUGCCACAGCUCACUUGUGUGGCCAUUUUGUCACCCCCUCUAAUAUAAUUUAACAUGACAGGGAAUCCAAAAGUUGCCACAGCCCUCCCGUGACCAAGCUUUCCUUUAAUUUGAACCCUGGCCUCUCAAAUUGUCACAAUGAAAUGCUCAUGGGGCCACAUUGAGAAGAAUAAAAACCUGCGCAAAUAGUCUUAAUUAUUGUGAUGAAAAAUAUACACAGAUAUUACAAAAAGUUAAGUUGUACUUUUACCACAAUAGUCAUGAGGAGAAAAAAAAAAGCUGUAUAUUUUGUGAUGUGUGGCACUCGUACUUUGUACUCAAUUCACCAUGUUUUGGUAUUUUUUAAUAAAUCCACCACAGAGCAAAUGAAGACAGCAGACGUCACCAGUGAUGAUGUUAAUAAGUGAUGAACAGUAGUUAGAUGAUUGGCCAUGUUGCCAUUAUAUAUAUAUUAAAAAAAAGGUUUAAGACAAAAAUUUGUUGUGGUGCUUACACAUUGCCUCUUUUGAUGUGGAAGCCAGCGAGGCAGAACAGCUUUGCUGUUUUAGAUCAUUACCCAAAACAAUUAGCUCAAAGCAGUUGUUUUCCAUGGUUAUGCUUCCUUAUUAGAUUCCAUUCCUUGCCUCUCCUUGAUUUCAAUUUGCACUUAAAUGAAAAAUGGACAGUUAAACACUUAGAUGUGUUUAGAGGAAAUACCGUUGUACUUCCUUUCUUUAUUCUGUCUUGAGCGUUAUAUGAGAAAAAAAAAAAAAAAAGUUUACUCGGCUCUUUUCCCUGACGUUGAUUUUUUUUUUCCACUUUGAUGACAGUGAAAGUGCGACCAAACCAUUCAGCAAACCUCUGUCUUUCCAGUUUCACCACUUAUUCCUUCUUUGUUUUGCCUUGCGGUUGCUAAGUCUUAUUUUAGUCUUGAAUACAAAUCAAAACACUACUAUCACAGUGAGCAGUACCUCGGAUGUUCUGCUGCAGCAUUUUAAUUUCAACUUGUCAGCGAUAACUCUCCGUUCAAUUUGACACAAAAUGUGAUGCAAAAAGUGGACAUUCCUUGUCUUCCCAAAAAAAAUAAGAAAGAGAGCAUACUUGCAUCCAUCCCUCCCGGAUCAAGUAUUAGGAACAAUCCAACUUUUGGAAGUUUUUGUUUGGUACCCAGUUUGCACAUGCUAUGGUAUUUACCGUAAGGUUGUGUUCGGAAAUUAAAACCCAACAACGGCUGUUAAGCGUUGAGAGAAGUGACUUGUUUGUUAGCUAUUUGGUCCAGAGUGAAGGACCUGCGUCAGGCUUGUGAUAUGAAGUGUAAAUCUGUUUUUUUUUUUUUUUGUUUUUUUAUGUUGGGUUAUUUCUUUGUAAGAUCAGUUAGUGAUCUUAGUACUAUAACUAAGCCAAGUUUGUAAUUGUAUAUUUACUGUAAAAUGUAGAACAUUGAAUAACUAUUAAAAUUUUCCUAUAAAAGGAA